AUGGCUGUGUGGUGUGGGGUACUCACAACCGUAGCGACUUUUACGACAUCUCUCGCAUGGUUGCUGCCCACCGCACAGUUGUUUCGACGUGGUGCAGUUAUUGGCCAUGGACGGCAACAUGGCGUUUUAGAGGGUCUCCGUGCAAUUCGUGUCAUCCAGAUUCUUGGGAAAGAACUCGCCAUCUUACUUUCUAGAAAAGGAUCUCGAACACCAUUGAUGGAAACGGCCGUAGUUCAAGAUGGCGGCGACCAUGGCGCUCGAAGUGUUCGCGGCGUUGUGCAGUGCGAGUGA